CGUCCGACACGGGGCUGGACCACGAGGGCUGAAACCACCUUACUGCCUCAAUCCGGACUCCCUCCUCCCAACCCAACCUGCCCCUUGCUCCUUAACCCGCCCAGCCCACCACCAGUACCAGCACCCCUCCUCCACUCUCAGCUCAGUCACUCACACACACUCUCUUUGCUCUCUCCUGCUGUGUGCCAGUCCCUCUCUCCCCUUUCACUUCAUCAAAGUGGCCACAGCUCCUCUCUUUUCUCUUGUCCUCUCUACAUCCCUCCAGCACUCUCUUUCUUCGCGGCUCUGCCCAUUCGCCUCUACAAGUUAAACGGAUCUCAGGCUGCUACUCUCCCAAACUCCCUCUGAAGACUUUAUUUGUACCUCUUUUGUUCUUCCUGCGGUCCUUCACCUUCCCCUCCGGAGAGGCCGGUUGGUGUGUGUCUGGCGUGUGCUCUUUGCCCAGAGGGAGUCCCUAAAGGUUGUGACUGGAGGAGAAAAGUUUUCAGCACAAUGAAUGUUCAGCUGCUGCUCCUGUUGGCCCUGGCUGUCCCUUUCUGUGCCUUCACACAUGCAAGCCCCACAGAGAUCCCUGAAGAACUUGAUGUUGGGACUGUAGCAGAAACCGUACCGGAAGUCACAGAGGCUCCUAAAGUGGACUUUACUAUCAUCACUGGUCCUCCUGCAACCGAGCCAGCGGUGGCCCCAGAAGAAGUCGCAACAGAAGAAGUUCCUGCAACAGAAGAAGUCGCUGCGACAGAAGAUGUCGCUUCAACAGAAGUCGUCACCGAGGCGGCGCUUCCUGCCAUUACAGUCAAUACUGAAGAGGGCGUCGUUGAAACAGAAGCCGCUGCUACUGAGGCACCAGAACCCAUUAUCACUGAUGCUCCUGUAGUGGACACCGCAGACCCCACGGAGACGGCACCGGUUGAGGUCCAAACCAUGGGAGCUGCCAAGGGAGACGUGGUCAUUGAAGACAAUCUAGAGGAGGGCCUGAGUUCUGGCCAGGUCGUCGGCAUCGUGAUUGGCGCUCUGCUGGCCAUGGUCAUCGUCAUCGCCGUGGUGAUUGCUGUGGUGAGGAGAAUGGGAAAAUACUCCCCUUGAAGAAAAAGUCGUCCAAGCAGCAGGAGCGCCCAAAGUUCUGGCAAAUCUGAACUACUGAACUGUGAUGUCAUUCGCGACUAUUAAAACAAGCACGAUACCAGAACUAAACUAAUCUAUCCAGGACUCUGGACUGUUGCCAAAAAAAGAUGGGUGGGUGGGGGGAGGGUUGUGUGUUAAUGUAUGAACUGUAUGUAUGUGAGACGAGAGGGGUACAUGAGCAAACAUCGUCACCUCCCUCUGCCACCCCUUCAGGAGCCGCUGAUUAGAAAGGCUCCCUCCCCCUUACUCCCUUGGAGAGAACAAAACAAGGUGACGAUGGCAGGAUGUAGCUAGGAAUUUGAGGCCUUUUUAAAAAGCAUUUUGUGAAGAAAAAAGAGAGGCAGAAAGGAAGGGGAUUAUCUGACAUCCAGGCUUAAAACCUCUCUCCUUAAAGAGUGACUGAUUUAGAUUUGCAUGGAAGUUUGAAAGGACGUAUGGACAAAAAAAA